AUGAGUGAUAAAGAGCCACUAUUAAAGAAACAUAAUAAAUCACCUAUUGACAAUGAUAGCGACAAUGAAAAUAAAAGUUCUUUUGAUUGGCGUCAAUAUUUCAAUCAGCAAAAGACUAAUGCUAGGAACAAACAGUUAGAUGAUGAGAUCAAACAAACAAAUAAAGAUAUUCCAAUUAGUGUUUUUGAAUUGUUUCGAUUUGCUGAUUGUAUUGAUCUUCUUCUUAUAAUUAUUGCUCUGUGUUUCAUGGUGGGAGAUAUAUUUUGUCUUCUCGCAGAUAUAAUUCUGUUUGGUCGAAUCACAGGAUUAUUUGCCGCUACAUCUUUUGCUGUUGAUUGUCAUAAUCAAUAUAAAAAUUCACUAUCUAAAAUUAUCAAUAAUAGUGUAUGUCCUUUUGGUAUUGAUCUUAAUCCAUUAAAUUAUGAUCGAUUACACAAAUUAUGCCAUUAUGAUAAUAAAACUAUUUCAUCGAUAUUAUCUCCAUUGACUCCUUUAUUUCGAGAAAAUAUCAUGCACUUAGUUUAUUUGUUCUUCGUUCCAAUCGUUGUUGGUAGUUCAUUGAUGUUUGCUAAGCUCAUCACGAAAGAAACAGAAGAACAAUUAAGUACAUAUUCAAAAGCUGGGCAAAUCGCUCAAGAAGUAUUUAGUUCAUUAAGAACUGUUCUUUCAUUCAAUGGAAGCAAAUGGCAACAAAAACAAUAUGAUAAAGAAUUAAAACUAAAUGAAUGGUAUACUGUACGCAAAGAUGCUACAUUUGGCGCUUAUACUGGUUGGUUAUUUUUUAUAAACUUUGUAGUUUAUUCAAUUGGUUUCACUUUUGGUUCUAUUCUUAUAUCUUAUGGAAAUUAUCGUACACUGACCAUUAGUGAUAUUCUUGUUGUUGUAAAUAUGUUUGCACAAGCUUUAGGUUAUCUUAAUCAUAUUGGACCUUUCUUUCAAUCAAUUUCGGAAGCUCAAGGUGCAGCAGUUUCCGUAUUUCGACUUAUUGAUGAGAUGCAUGAUGAAAAUAUCAAUGAAAGAGAAAUAUUGGAAGAGAACAUAUCUGAUGAAAAAUCAAUUUCGACUAUCAAUGGUGAUAUUGAAUUUGACAAUGUUAGUUUUUCUUAUCCAUCUAGAGAAAAUGUAACAGCUUUGAAUAAUCUCAAAUUGAUUGCUCGUGCGAAUCAAACAACAGCGCUUGUAGGUUCAAGUGGCUGUGGAAAAAGUACAUGUGUGUUACUUCUUCUUCGCUACUAUGAACCUUCCUCAGGCAGAAUUAUAAUUGAUGGUCAGUCAAUUACAGAUUAUAAAAUCAAACAAUUUCGUCAAAAUAUUGGAGUUGUUAGUCAAGAACCUAUUCUAUUUGGAAUAAGUAUUUAUGAAAAUAUUCGUUUUGGUAAAAUGAAUGCAACACGUGCAGAGAUUGAACAAGCAGCAGAACAAGCUAAUGCACAUAAAUUCAUUAUGAAAUUACCAAAUAAAUAUGAAACACUUGUUGGUGAACGUGGUAUACAAUUGAGCGGUGGGGAAAAACAACGUAUUGCAUUAGCUCGUGCACUUGUUAAACAACCUAGCAUUCUUUUGUUAGAUGAAGCAACAAGUGCACUUGAUAAUGUUAGUGAGAGAAUUGUUCAAGAAGCACUUGAUCGAGCAUGCAAAAAUCGUACAACAAUAGUUAUUGCUCAUCGUUUGACAACGAUCCAAAAUGCUGAUUAUAUAUAUGUAUUAGAUAAAGGAAGUGUUAUUGAAGAAGGUACACAUGAAACAUUAUUGGCAAAAGAAGGAGGUAAAUAUCAAACAAUGGUCAAAAUGCAACAAUCUGAAAAAAUGAUUGGUACACAAGAUGGCUUAAUGAAUAUGGAAAAAGCAGCAGCUGAAGAUGAAGAACAAAUAUUGGAACGUAUUCGUCUACUGAGCGAAAGCGAAUCAAUUGAUAUAAAUCAGGAAUUUAAUGAUUGUAAAUAUACUGAUAUACGUCAUCGAGUGUUGAUUACAUGUAGUUUAUUAAUUCUUACUGGCGCUGUUUUUAUGAUUCUUCAUUUUUUCCAAUUUGUGACUUUUGGAAUCGCAGGAGCGAAAUUAGUUAGUCGCCUUCGUUCAAAAGCUUUCGGAUGUUUUCUUCGUCAAGAAGUCGCUUAUUUUGAUCGACCUGAAAACAGUUCUGGUGCAAUAUGUACUCAUCUUUCUUCUAAUGCAGCUGCUAUUCAAGAUAUGGCUGGUACAAGAUUAGGUGUUAUUUGUCAAACUUUAUCCAUGUCUGCUUUUGGCUUGUUACUCGGCUCUUUUUACAACUGGCAAUUAACAAUAACCGUUGCUAUUCCUUUCGUUAUCCUGCUAAUUGUCCUUAUUAUUCGAAUACGGUUGAGUUCAUGGUUGAAAACACAAACUGAUCUCAUUUAUUCUCAAGCUAGCACGCUUGCUGUUGAAGUUAUUACCAAUAUGCGUACAGUAAAACAGUUAUCAAUAGAAAAUGAAGUUUUACGACAAUAUUCGAAUAUGAUUGAUCAAGUGUUAAUGAUUUCUGCUUUUGGAAUAUUCGCAUUUGAAGCAAUAAAAGUUGUUGGAAUUUUAGCAGAACGUAUUGGUGCAUCAUUUGCUGCUUCUCACGCAUUUUUUGAUCUAUUUGAUCGAGUACCAACUAUUGAUAAUGGAUCUAAUAAAGGACAAGAAUUAACUAACCUUAGUGGCGAAACAGAAUUUGAUCAAGUUAAAUUUAUUUAUCCAAGUCGUCCAACAGUUCUUGUUCUCAAUAAACUUCAAUUGUCGAUUAAAUCAGGUCAACGUAUAGCUCUUGUUGGUGCAUCUGGAUGUGGAAAAUCAACAAUAGUUCAAUUACUAGAAAGAUUUUAUGACGUUACACAAGGACAAUUAACUCUUGAUGGUGUUGAUAUUCGACAAUUAAAUAUUCAAUGGCUUCGUUCUCGUUUGGGUGUUGUUAGUCAAGAACCAGUUUUAUUUGAUUUAACAAUUGCUGAAAAUAUAACAUAUGGAUUAGAAAAUAUAUCAAUUGAUGAAAUUAUUCUUGCUGCAACUAAAGCUAAUAUCCAUCAAUUUAUUCAACAAUUACCUCUAGGUUAUGAAACAAAGGUUGGAGUAAAAGGUAGUUUUUUAUCAGGUGGUGAAAAACAACGCAUUGCUAUUGCUCGAGUUCUUAUUCGUCGACCUAAAAUAUUAUUAUUAGAUGAAGCUACAAGUGCUAUGGAUCCAUACAAUGAACAAAUAGUACAAGAAACUCUUGAUCAAGCUCAAAUAGAAGAUCCUAGUCGAACAUCAAUUAUUAUUGCACAUCGUCUUUCAACAAUACGUUCAUGUGAUUUAAUACAUGUACUUGAAAUGGGUCGUAUAGUAGAAAGUGGUACUCAUACAGAACUAAUACAAAAAGGUGGAAUUUAUUAUACAAUGUUAAAUGCUCAAAACAGCGUACAAUAA